CCUGCUGCAGCUGCUGGGGCUGCUGCUGCGCCGCUGCGGCGCCUCCAUGGCCCCCUACCUCAACGACGUCGUCCGCAUCCUGCAGGCCACCCUCCUCGACGACUACGCCGAGGUCAGGCGCGAGAGCUGCCGGUGCGUCGUGGCCUGCGCACAGGCCAUGCCAGAGCACUUCCACAUGCAGUCAGAAUCCCUGAUAAAACCCCUGAUGCAGACGAUCUCACACCAGCACUACAGAGUUCGUGUUGAUGUAAUCCAGGCUACGGGAGCGGUGAUACAGUCUGGAAAUGGAAAGUCUGUGGAUGAUGUUCUGUCUCAUCUGGCCCAGAGAUUCUUUGAUGAGAUUCCUAAGGUUCGUCAAGCUGUGAUAACUGUGAUUGGAGAAUGGUUGUUGCAUCUACGAGAUAGAUACUCUUUUUUUCACAAGUUGGUCCCUUUAUUACUCAGUGGCUUUACUGAUGAAAUUCCUGAAAACAUGGAACUGGCUUGGAGUUACUGGGAAAAGAUAGGCUUGCAGUGGGAAAAAGAGAAUGAUGAUGAUCUGAAGGAUAAGAUUGAUUUCAGUCUUGCACCAUCUCAUUAUCCCCAAGGAGUGACUCGACCAGGACUAGGUUGUCGGGAACUUGUUUCAAGAAACCUCUACAAAAUUCUUCCAGGUCUCUGUCAUGAUAUAACAGACUGGGUUGAAGGCACGAGAGUAAAAGCAUCUCAGCUUUUGUGCAUAUUACUGUUACAUGCAGAGGAUCAUAUAACACAACACAUGGAGUUACUGCUUAGAACUUUGUACCGUGCAUGCAUGGAUGAAGAGAAAAAUGUGGUUAGGAAUUGUCUGAAAGCAGCAGAAUUGAUUGGAACAUUUGUCAGCCCUAAGGUAUCUUUGAAGUUAAUCACAUCAGCCUUUGAGAAAACACCUAUGCCGUCUCACAUUAUGAUCCUGACUGCAGUGAUUCGUGGUAGCCCGAAAGAGAUCUUAAAGCCUCAUUUGACUGAUAUUGGCAAUGCAUUGUCAAAAGAGGAGAACUGUCAAAGAUCUGAAGAGGUCUUUUACAUGGAGCAGUUGCUUUCUUGUGCUCAAGCAUUGAUUGAAGUGUGCCAGGAAGACUGCAAAGAAAUUAGUUUGCAGCUAAUGAAAGUUUUGGUAACAGUAAUGGCAAUACCUAGUUCUCAGCACCUGAAAGAAAAGGUAGAGGAAACAAUGUCUUCAUUAGCUGAAGUGCAGCAAUUGGAUGGCUUUCUUAGUCUCUACAAGCAGCAUAUAACUCAACUUAUGGAAUGGGUUUCAGUAUCCCAUGACUGUUGGACCUGUUUUUCUCCAGAAUUAUUACAGUUCACUGUGAUUGCAACUCAUUCAGGUCCUGUUGUAGGUGAAGCUCUCCAUGACUUUAUUCACAUUCUUAAGACAUGUCUUCAGCCUAACAAAGACUCCCAGAUGCGCUUAAAACUUUUUGCUCUGUUAUCACAGUUGCUCCAGAAAGGAAACGAAACUGUCAAUUCUCAGGGGCAGUUCCUUAGCUACCUUGAGACCGUGAUAAAAGACAUCCUGGCUCCUAAUCUGCAGUGGCAUGCUGGAAGAACAGCAGCUGCCAUCCGUACUACAGCUGUAUCAUGCCUUUGGGCGCUUAUUCACUGUGAAAUACUUUCACCAAAAGAGGUAAAUUCCUUCUCUCCCAUCAGAUGCACUUUGUAA